UACACUAGAGAUGGGCUUUCCAGUUGGGCGCGAAUCACGACGUUUGUUGCUUACCUUACUGUUGCAGUGUGUCCUUGCGUGCAAUACGGCUGAGGUAAUAGCGAAUGAUAGCGAAAGUUGCCUGAAUGGUGAUGGAUUCUGCGUGCCGGAUUAUCUGUGUGACAACGGACGAAUCAUUUUAUACGGCGAGGAAUUAAUAGACGUACGUGUGGGCGUUAAUCAGCAAUGCUCGCCAGGGUUAGUGUGUUGCCAAGAGGAGUCGUACAAUCCCCCGCUCCAAGUGGACCUUAAUCUAGUGGACAGCGAUAAUGAGAGUUUUUGUGAAGGAAUGUGUGUACCGUCUGCUAAGUGCCCAGAGUUUAACAGUGAAUCAGUUGGAAGUGUUGAUUUGCGCUUCAAUAGUGGAAUAUGUCCUUCAAAUCAGAUAUGCUGUAGAUUCGCUACUGGAGGAUGCACGGAUGGUGUUUGUACACCAAUUGAACAGUGUGAACAAGCCGACGCUGGCAUUAAUCUCAGAUUCAACGAACAAAAUUGUCCUUUCAACCACGUUUGUUGUAAGAGUCCCUACCAAACGACAGAACAGAGUUCUACCUGCAAAGGCGAAUGUGUUCCACUAUUCCAGUGUAAGCAAAUGUUAUCAGCGAGCAGUCUGAUCAACCUUAGAAUUUCGGACGAAUGUCCUCCUGGUCAAGUGUGCUGUGAAGAUGCAGCUCCACCAGCAUGCGCCGGAACAUGCACGGAUGGCGAGUUUUGCGCGGAUUCGCCUCCGCUUGUAAAUUUACGCUUUAUGGAUGAUGCUUGCCCCGGAAACCAAAUUUGCUGCUUGAAUUUGAAACCAGCUCGAAAUUUGUCGAAGAAAUGCGACGGCGAAUGUGUCUCUGCGGAUCUAUGUCCGGGUGCAAAACUUACUCAAAGCGAUAGCAUGAAGUGUCCUUCCGGUCAAGUUUGUUGCGAACUUCUUGAGGACAUCAAUCGAUGUGAAGGAACUUGCGUCUCCCAACAAGAGUGCGAUGAUGUUUCAUCUAAGCUGGAAAUCUCUAGUCAAAAGUGCCCGAAAAAUCAAGUUUGCUGUAAAAAUAAGAAAUCAACUCCCCAUAGCUGCGAUGGACAGUGCGUUGCUCUGCAUAGCUGUCCUAAGAUGGCACAGAGUAGCUCAAUAGAUUUGCGUUUUUCAAAUGCUUCGUGCCCUGCAAAUCAAGUUUGCUGUAACAUGUCACUCGUAGUAGAAUCUUGUGAUGGGGUAUGCAUUCCCGCAGAAGACUGCGCAGAUUCAAAUACGUCACUAAUCAACCUAAGAGCCAUUUCUGGUAAUUGUCCUUUGAAUACGCAAUGUUGUAAACAUCCAGUUGCUACUUCAGAGAGAGCAAUUGUAAAUUGCACCUGUGUUCCAUUUGAACAAUGCACGGAUGUUGAUCUCCAAAAUGCCAUGAUAAAUUUGCGAGCUACUAGCUUCAAUUGUCCACAUAAUCAAAUUUGUUGUAAACAACCGCAGAAAACUGAAUGCAAGGGUAUGUGCAUCCCAUUUAACCAGUGCCAAACUCCAGUUCACGAAAUAAAUUUGAGAUUCACAGAUAACAGCUGCCCAAAGAAUCAAAUUUGCUGUACGGACACUAGAACUAGUCAGGCAAUUGUUCCGCUGACAACGAGUUGCGAAGGAAUCUGUGUAGUUGCGUCGCAAUGCGCUAGGACCGGUUCAAUUGAUCUUAGAUUGAUGGGAGAAGGAUGUCCAAUAGGGCAGAUCUGUUGUAGUCAACCCAUAGCUCUACCAAUAUCCAAAUGCAACGGUCGUUGUAUACGGAUUGAGCAAUGUCCGCAGUAUGAUAAAGCGGCAAUGAUCAAUUUGCGGUUUACUAGUGACGGUUGUCCUUUUGAUCAAGUUUGCUGCCAGAGUUCAUUACCUCCCGGAAAGUGUGACGGUGUAUGCACGCCAAACGAAAACUGUGAUGAUAAUCUGCCAGCUGAUUCCAUUAACUUGCGUAACUCGUAUGCUUACUGUUCAGAUAAUCAAAUUUGCUGUAAAAAACUAAAAACUUUUUUAGUUGAAGAAUGUCAAUGUGUUCCCGUUCAGCAAUGUAGUAACCGCACAGAUGCUUCGAGUGAAAUAAAUCUACGAAACACUUUCAAUAGAUGUCCAGCAGGCCAGAUAUGCUGUACCAAUUCAGAUACUCUUGGAGUAACUUCACCAAGGUCGAAAAGCACUUGCGAUGGAAGGUGUGUUUUUAAGCAAUACUGUCCCGAACUCGCAGAAAAUCCGAACGAAAUAAAUCUUCGACAAAAUGACGACCGCUGUCCUCGAAAUCAAAUUUGCUGUAGAAAACCGCAAUUGUCUAUUCCAUCUACAGAUCUGUUCACACACUCUAUUCCAGGCAUCUUUUUAAUGCCAUCAGCAGGGCCAGCAUCAUGGAGCUUGGAAGAAAAGUCGCAAGCAGGUUCAGAUACGUGCAGCAUGAACAGUGAUCCGAGAACUUCUGUCCUUGAGAAACGUGACGUCCCAUGGUUGGCUAGCAUCUGGAGUCGACAUACAAUUUUGGGCAUUGAAAAAUCUCGAUAUGAAUGCGUUGGUUCCUUACUUAAACCGAAUUUAAUACUCACUUCCGCCGAUUGUUUAGCUAACCUUAAGGCUGAUCAAAUCUACGCUAGAAUUGGAGAUUUCAACCUCAAACCAUUAAACACUCUUUCAAAGCGAAGGGAGUACGCCAUUGCAGCAAUAUCAAUCCACCCGGAUUAUAAAGCUCAAUCAGGACAGGCUAACGUUGCCGUGCUAACAUUAAGUAAAAACUCGACCAGUAAAAGCAGUGUGUGUCUAUCGCAGUACUCUGAGAAAGCCUCGGAUUCUGACUGCUUCCUGAUCGGGUGGAGUAAACUAGCGAUAACGAACGAUGACAUCGCAAACGCUGUCCCCGAAAAGCAUUUGCUCAAGUUAGAAACUGCGCAGCCAAACUGUCCGGAAGAGUUGCUCUGUACUGACCGCGUUCAGUCCGAAGUGAACUGUGACAGCUUUCAAGGAACCCCGCUGGUAUGUUUCGCCCAGGGUAGUCGUAGUUGGAAACUGUUCGGGAUUGCCACUGGAGCAAGUACACGGUGUGACCGAUCGGCGAUCCCGAACUCCUUGACCUCUAUUGGUGCCUAUGAAAUGUGGAUAAGAGAACAAAUAUCACCCAGUUUUAUGCAAAUACCAAUGGUGCCAAAGCCGAAUCGAUUGUACCUGCCGGCACUGCCGUGAUUCUAAGCCUGGGAAAAAAAAUCACAAGAAGGUUGUAUGCAAAGCCACGACCGCAAGGUUGAAGUAGAAUACUUAUACAAGAAAGAUAACCUGGCUGCUUGCGUGUCAGUCAUUUUUUCUAGUAAAUAAACGUUGACCGUUCAUUGGCAGUAUUGUAA